AUGCAGCGCAACGACCUCCUCCAUAUUCGGUCUAGUGCAGCUGGUCUUCCUGGGCCAUAUCUGCAAGAAAACAUGGCGCCGUACGAAAUUCUCGACAAAAUAGGCGAAGCAAAACCACGGACCAUUCUUCUUAUACAGGGGCAUACUGAGCAAGGCGAUGGUCUCAAGGGCGCCAUGAGAUUCCCAUAUAGAAAAUUCGCCAUAGCCCUUCAGCGUCAAGGGUCUAACUUAGUGGUGAUGUGCGACAUGCACAAGCAACCAGGCAACGCCAUACCUCGCAUCAUAGCGGGGCCCGUUCCAGGCAACUACUGUUACCACCUGGUGCAACAGCCGCCCGCAACCAUGACAGAUUUGGCUUACAGAGUUUAUUGCGAUGUCUUUGCUUUAUUCAGCGACAUAGUGUUAAUCUCUGUAGCGGAUUUCGGUGGACUUGAACGGGUCCUGUCGUUUGUAUGCUCUUGGGUCCUGCGCCGACAGUUGCAAAAACCCAAGCUUCGGACUCACUUUGUUGUCGCAACUGACAAAUACUGCUUAAAGGACAUUCAAUUUGAACUUCUAGCUACUAUGAUGGCAGACCAGUGGACACAAUCAGUGGCGAGUGUAAAAAGAACAAUAAGUGAUUAUACAGAGCUCAGCGUUAUUAACGGAGCUUCUGCCAGCCCUGGCCUGGUAGUAAAGCUAUUUGGUCUCAGGAACCAUCGACAAGCUGAAGGGCUUCACUUCACUGGGUCCGAUACUAAAAUACUUCUUCGCGCCGCUAUUGCACAUUAUACUGCCAAACCCAUGGAGACAUUCAAUUUGGUCGCCGCAUCCCGCCCGUCAUGGCCAGUCCCUGAAGAACUGGGCCACCACAUUGGAGAAUUUUUGGCGGCUUGCCCUCCAGAGCCUGUGGACCAUUACCCUAUCAUUGCGUCCGCACUUGUAAUGAACGCAUUUCACCCAGGAUUACACU